AUGCCUAGAGGCAUGCCCUCAGCAGUAACGUGCGAUCCCUCAUCGGCAGGAAUCGCUACCAUCACAAUUAAUCGUGCCGCUCGUCGCAAUGCAAUAAACCCUUCUACAGCGAAGAAACUCUACACAGCCUUCUUAGAGUUUGAGGAUGACGAUACUCAGAAAGUUUCCGUGUUCCAUGGCGCAAACGGGACAUUCUGCGCAGGCGCAGAUCUGCAAGAGCUGGCGACGGACGGAAUCAACAAGCCUGUAAUAUGUGCUGUCUCUGGGUACGCUGUAGCUGGCGGUCUCAAGCUGAGUCUUCUCGGUGACAUGCGCGUUGUCGAGGAAGAUGCUGUCUUCGGUGUCUUCUGUCGCCGUUUUGGCGUACCGUUGAUCGAUGGUGGGAUAGUUCGUCUUCAAGCCAUCGUUGGCCUAGGCCGCGCGAUGGACAUGAUUCUCACCGGCAGGGCUGUAUCAGCCAAAGAGGCGUUGUCUACGGGCUUGGCCAAUCGAGUUGUGCCGAAAGGCAAGGCCCUCGAAGAGGCGAUGAAGAUUGUGGGGUUGUUGUUCGACCACGGAAAGGAGGUCAUCGCGAGGGAGAGAAUAGACGGAGCCAGAAGAUUCGCGAGAGGCCAGGGACGGUCGGGGAAGCUGUAA